CCUUCCAGUUUCCACAAGCGAGCGCCUGUAAUCUACUGAUCUUCUCUCUCCAGUAAACACACAGAGGAGCUGUACACCGAUCUGUCAGCAUCUGCAGCAGCCUCAUGCAGCUCUUCAUCUUUCCUCUCCUCCUCCUUCUCCUCGGGGGAAUGGACGGACUCUUCGGGACCCCUCUGACGUCCAGCCCGGGCCCCAGCGAGGCCCCCAGUGCAGCACCGGACCCCUGUGAGGGUCGACCGUGCCUGAACGGAGGCGUCUGCAGCCGGCUGGGGGAGAUGGAGGACAGUCAGAGCAGUCAGAUGCAGACGGAGCCGUGGGCUUAUAUGUGCGUCUGCAGCCGGGGCUUCACUGGGCAGAACUGUGAGUUUUUUGCAGAUCCUUGUGCCAGCAGUCCCUGUCUCCAUGGCAACUGUACUCAGGAUGGCGAGGGGGAAGGGUUUGCGUGCGAGUGCAAUGAGGGCUACAGCGGUGCCCGGUGUGACCUGCCGACCUUGACCUUUGACCUGUCCGAGUCCACCUGGGACCUCGCCGAGAGCCUCGUACCCGAACACGCCACGCCUGCCACUCCGGCCACACCCGCCACCACCACUCAGGUGCUUCAGCCAACCACAGUCCUCACCACUACACAAGCCCCGCCCACCCUGGAGCCCUGGCAGCCCAGAGCCGGUCAGAGAGUGCUGGAGAUACUGUGGGACGAUCAGCAGAUUACUGAUGAAGCUGAAUGUGUGAGCACCGCAGGAGGAGAGUCUGCCGGAAUGAUGACCGUCUCCUUGGAGCUCGCGGAGGAAACAGCUGUGAAGCUGGUUGGUAAUGUUAGUGGUUCCGCGGUGCUGUGGCGUGUGGGUGAGUUUGGUUAUGAGCAGUGCUCGGUUGCUGACGGCACAAUCAUGUGGUUCCAGCAGAGCGCCGAGGGUCUGGUGCUGUCCGAUCAGUCCCUGCCGCUGGGACACAACUACUUCAUCAGUGUUCUUCAUGUUGGCUCUCCCUCUGGUCCAGAGGUCACUUUGAGGCUUCAUCUCCUGGUCAAAACCAAUAACUGCAUGGAGCCCGGCAGCGCAUUCAGUGACCCGCAAUGCUCUGGGAAAGGCAAAUGCGUCACCCAGUCCUCCGUGGACACGUUUUACUGCCGGUGUGAUGAUGGUUAUUCUGGGAUCUUCUGCGAGGAGUUUGACGCCUGUCAUCUGAAGCCCUGUGAAAACAACGGCUCCUGUGCUGACCUCAGACAGAGAGAUGAAGGACAAAACUACACCUGUACCUGUCAGACAGGUUUUGAAGGAGAGCGCUGUCAGUCAUUGGUGGAUCACUGUGUUUCUGGACCCUGCAGGAACGGAGCCACUUGCUCCAGCAGCCUUGAAGGACCUCACUGCUACUGUGCUGAAGGUUAUCAGGGCAUCAUGUGUGAGCAGAAGAUUGAUCCCUGUGCUUCAGGGCCCUGCCAUAAUAAUGCCAGCUGCACCCCACAGGGCGCUGGUUUGGGCUUCAGCUGCACAUGUCCUGCAGGUUUCACCGGACCCACCUGCGCCCAGCUGGUGGACUUCUGCGCUCUCAACCCAUGCGCUCACGGCAUCUGCCGCAGCAUCGGCACUAGUUACCGCUGUCUGUGUGUUCCAGGUUAUCAUGGUCUGUACUGUGAGGAGGAGUAUAAUGAAUGCUUGUCUGCUCCAUGUCAGAAUUACGCCACAUGCAGAGAUCUGAUCAAUGCUUACGAGUGCAUCUGCGCCUCACAGUUCACAGGUAAGCACUGUGAGAUAUAUAAGGACCCCUGUCUGAAGCUCAGGUGCCAGAAUGGAGGACACUGUGAAAGUGGAGGGAGAAACGCGUCCUGUGUGUGUCCUCCAGGAUAUAUGGGUGAGAACUGUGAGGUUGACGUCAACGAGUGUGAGAGUAACCCCUGCCACCAUGGUGGGACCUGCAUCGACCAAUCAAAUGGCUACACCUGUCACUGUCCUCCUGGCUGGGUCGGUGGAAGCUGUGAGAUUCAUCUGCAGUGGAAGAUGGCUCAACCUGUGGACUCUCUGACCAACAUGCCACGUCACUCUCUGUAUAUCAUCAUCGGGGCUCUGUGCGUGGCCUUCGUCUUGAUGCUCAUCAUCCUCAUCGUCGGCAUUUGCCGCAUCAGCCGUAUUGAAUACCAGGGCUCGUCUCGUCACGCCUACCAAGAGUUUUACAACUGCCGCAGUAUCGACAGUGAUUUCAGCAAUGCCAUCGCCUCGAUUCGUCACGCACGGUUUGGCAAGAAAUCCAGACCAGCGAUGUAUGAUGCGACUCCCAUCAGUUAUGAAGAUUACAGCCCUGACGACAAGCCUCUAGUCGCACUCAUUAAAACUAAAGAUUUGUGAGGAAAUACAUCAACACACACACAUACACACACACACUCUGCAUACACACAUUCACUGUUCCAGCCUUUAAAAUGAACCGUUUAGUAUUUAUUUCCAGAAAAUAAGUUAAAAAUAAAGAAAUCAAACCUUAAAAGAUACUUUGAAAUCGAUAUAUUUUAGCAUCGCUAACUGUGAAGCUUUUAAUUCACGUCAGGCACUUUGGAGUGCUGCACAGAAUUAGUCUAAAGGAAUGUGCUUUGUUUGCAGACGCAAAUGUUUUUGUGGAAUGUGAGUAGACAAAUAACAAGCUACAUUGCAAAAUGUGUCUGGGGGUUGCGUUUAACCCAAAACCCUUCCAACCCUCCGGACUCAGAUUACAAAUACGAUAGCAGCAGGCCAAAAGCUGUAGAAUUAGCCAGUCAUAGAGCUCAUAGUGCAGGUAUACUCUUAACGUUAUACAGAGUAAUUACAAGAUAAGACGAUGUAGGUUGCCUUACUGGCGCAUAGGAUCGGUGGUUCGGCAUUACUCUGUAACCUUAUGUACAUGAUUGUUGUUUGCUGUUUAUUUCUUCUUGUUCACUGUGGUCUCUUUUGUGUCAUAAACUUGGUGUUAGCAAAGUCUUAAGAUUCCACUGUCCGUGUGAAGGCAGCACAACAAAGUGCUUUUCAAGUAAUAUUUGAUGGUGUCGUCUCACUGAGUAAUAAAUUAGGACUCCUGAUCUACAUUUCAUAGUGUUUUAAACAAGACAUCCAUGUUCCAGUACGUCUGCGCAGCUCCUUAAGGUUGCGAAAUUUCAGACUGAAAUUGAGUCAUUUCACUAGAAAUCGAAACUAUUGGGAGUUUCGUGUGAAAACAAACAAGUUCCCUGUGCAGAAUUUACCCAUGUGGAAGAUUACACGACUACUGUGUGAGCUGUGCAUUAUACACCAGAACAGUAUUAGUGUUGAAUUGAGUGGAAAUGUGAUCAGAAAUUAUUAUUAAAGGUGCCAUAGAGUGUUUUGAUACGAUGUGUUAAAUUGUUCAGUGAGAGCCACAUUGAAUGCAUGUGGAUUAGGUAAGUGAUCUAUUUUGCUUCCGAGUUGAGUUGUGCAUGAAAUAUAAUCUAGAUUAUAAUUAAACUCCACAAAAGGAGUUGUAUUUUGUGGGUUUACCAUACAACUGGGAUCGACGGCAAGACUUUUGUCAGGUAGUGUAAGAGCAACAAAUAAUAACUUCUAGUUGGAAAAGUGGCAGAAGGUGAAUUUUUCUGAUGAAUCAUCUGCUGAACUGCAUCCCAAUCAUCACAAAUACUGCAGAAAACCUGCUGGAACCCGCAGGGACCCAAGAUUCUCACAGAAAUCAGUCGAGUUUGGUGAAGGAAAAAUCAUGGUUUGGGGUUACAGUCAGUAUGGGGGUGUGCGAGAGAUCUGCAGAGUGGAUGGCAACAUCAACAGCCUGAGGUAUCAAGACAAUUGUGCUGCCCAUUACAUUACAAACCACAGGAGAGUGCAAAUUCCUCAGCAGGAUAGCGCUCCUUCUCAUACUUCAGCCUCCACAUCAAAGUUCCUGAAAGCUAAGAAGGUCAAGGUGCUUCAGGAUUGGCCACUCCAGUCACCAGACAUAAACAUUAUUGAGCAUGUCUGGGGUAAAAUGGAGGAGGCAUUGAAGAUUAAUACUAAAGAAUCUUGAUGAACUCUGGGAGUCCUGCAAGAGCGCUUUCUUUGUCGUUCCAGAUGACUUCAGCAAUGAGUUAUUUGAGUCAUAGCAGAGAUGUAUGGUUGUUCAAGCUCAUGAUGGAGUCAGACAGAAUAUUGAGUCUGUUUCCACUGCAGCAUGACUUUAUAUUCUAUAUUGGACAUUAUUUCUGUUAAGUGACAAGACUUCUGUCUAAGCAAAGUCAGACCUUACUGUCCUAAUUAAAAAUCAAGGCAUGAUCAUAUUUUAUUUUGGUCAAAUAAGCAUAAUCUAGAUGUGUUUAAUCCGUCAUUACAAGCGUAAACUGCUAAAUUCACUAUAUAUACAUUUUAAACUAGCUAAAUAUACAUUUAAACAGAGCUUAUGCCUCUUCAGAGUGGCGUUAAUUGAAUUUUUAAUCCGUAUAUCCUGCAUUUUGCGUUCUGGCUCACCUGCUUAACAAAGCUGCUCCUUUACUCUUUCCUAAAGCCUGUGAUGUUUCAAAAUAAGAGUACCACAUAUAAAUAAAGCUUAAUGUAAACUUAGAUAAAAUAUGGGAAAAAAUACCAUUGUUGUAAUCUCACUAGGAAAUAUUGUUGCCAAUCAAAUGCAGCCUUGGGCAUGCAUAUUAAUGAUCCUGUGUGGAUUUUCAGUCAGUGUUUCGUUCUGAUUGGCCUGUUUUUCAACUGGGAUUUUACACACAGGUUUUACAUGAGAACAAGUAAACAAUCGUGUUUGAUGCUCACGUUAAGUUUUUCCAUGUAUUGAACUCUUACUGUUCAGCUAUGCCUACUGUAUGUAUAUACAGAUUUUCAUUCUAUGGCACCUUUAAGAAUGAAUCAAGAUCCUUAGAACUAUAUUAAAUAUAUGGGAAAACAGGGAGUCUGUUUAAAUAUGAAUAAUAAGCAUCAAUAAUUUGCCAAUCUAUAGCAAACCGCACCUUUUGCUUUCUCAAAAACAUGAGAAUAUUGAAUAAACCACAAGAACGUUAUUAAAAUAGACAGUUCAACAGAAAUUAAAAAAUAAAAGCUUUUCAUUUGCUCACCCUCAUGUCAUACAAGAUGGAAGUGACAUUUUUCUUCUUCAGUAGAACAUUAAACAAGAUUUUUAGCUGGAACCGUGGUCCUUAGUGAUUCAUAAAAUGCAAAUCAAUGAUUCAUAAAAUGCUAAUUCAAUCCCUUUGCGAGUCAAAAAAAUAAACACAGUCCAAAAACGUGUCUCCUUAUGAAACUUUGAGGUCUAAUGAAUUGAAAUGAUCAAAAAACUGAACAUUAUUCACAACAUUAAUACUUUUAAUACACAAUUGUUUUCGACUUUAUUCGUAUAGGUCAGACUGCAGCAUCCAGGAUAAGCACAAGUACUAUUUUGAUGAAUUUGAAUACAACAUAUCCUUUUUCUCUAUUAAACAAAGGUAAUAAUGUUAUAAAUAAUGUUUAUUUUUCAGCAUAGACCAAUCAACUGACUUUAUAAGGAGCCACAGAAAUUAAUUUAUAAUUUAGCAUUUGUUUUAUUUUAUUUUACUCUGAAAUUGCUGGCAACCACUGACUUGCAUGAUAUGAACCACCAAGGACCAGUUUCAGUUAAAAAUGUUCUAAUGAAGAAAUAAAAGUCACAUAUAUUGGAUGACAUGAUGGUACGGGGGUAACAGAUCACAGUUGAUUCGGGAUUUGUAUGGAUCACAACCCACGGUUCGGAACACACCUGGCCCUAAUAUUAAUACUUAUUUUGAACUUUACUAAAUUUGUAAUGAUCGCAGAGAGAUCGCCUCUCGCUUCACUAAAUCACAUGUAUGAAAGCAUUUAGGUUUUCCUGUAAAAUAUAAUGACGACGAAAGAAGUUGUGGUAGGUUAUUGGGGAUGUGGUGGGUUUCUUAGGUUAUUAAAGUAUUUUCUGUGACUACUUGUUUAGCCUGCAUCAAAUCAUUCAGUGUAAUCUGCACGAUUAAUCAUUAAAGGAUCGGGAUCUCAACACCCAUGCAACAUAAAUUAUAAACGAUAGUGAUCUGCUUGUUUGUUGAUCCUUCGAAUCGCUGCAUUCAAAUCUGUGUUUGGAGAUUCAGUCUUUAGGUUACAAAAGAGUCAAAUAACACAGAAGUACUGGGAUAACAGUGUAGUUUAGAUAAAACCACUGAUGUUUAUGAUGGAGAUUAAAAUCCUCAUCAUGUGCCUUUAACAUGAUGCUCAAAAAUAAAAGUUGUGGCAGCAAUUACAUUAUUUAACCAAUAGGUGGCGACAACCAGCCAUCAAAAAUAUGCCACUGAAUCAUUAUUUAACAAUGACACAUCUAGCAAUGAAACAUGAAGUUUUAUGAGUGAGGAACUGAAUCAUUUAUUGAAAAUGAGACUAAAAAUAAAUAUGGGUUGUACCAACACAAUCUCACGGCAGUUCGUAACUUUUUGAUUUAGUGGCUAAUUCGUAUGAAUUCAUAUGAAUUCGUACAUUUUACAAUUUGCUCAUCCCCCAAUGACGGUUGGGUUUAGGGGUGGGGUUAGGUGCCACGCCUCCUUUUUAAAAUCGUACAAUUUCAUACGACUGAACUCGCCACUAAACUGACAAAACGUAAAAUACUUACGUUUUCUCGUGAGAUCAGGCUGGAUGUACAAAUUAUAGUUAGAUUUAUUCAUUUAGCGCUAUCAGCAACAGUAAGUAGUAACAGUGAAAUUUUCACAGUACUGAAUAUUUUAUUUUUAUUCAGCUGAUUAUUUCUUCAUUUUACUUUUUGUGAAAUUACAGGUUCUAAAUUCUGUUUGUUAAA